AUAAAUAAUAAACAUAUCAUGGAUCAAGAUGUCUUUCUGAAAAAAUAAUGGUUUAUUAUGACACAUGAGGGAAAAAUUGAAUAAUUUUAUGAUAUCAAUUUAAAAAAAGUGAUAGGAUCAGGAACUUAUGGAAGUGUAGUUAAGGCUACACUGAAGGGUACGAAGAAUUAGAGAGCAGUGAAAGUGAUUCCAAAAAGCAAAGUGAAAAACCCUGAUCGUUUCAAAAAAGAGAUUGAUAUAUUGAGAUAAUUAGAUCAUCCAAAUAUCAUUAAAUUAUAUGAAACUUUUGAGGAUCAAAGAAAUGUGUAUUUGGUUAUGGAGUAUGAUAUUUUAAUGAAUUAUAAAGAUUAUGUGAAGGAGGAGAAUUGUUUGAUCGUAUUAUGGACAAAGGAUACUUCAGUGAAGCCGAAGCUCAUGAAAUCUUUCUUUAAAUAAUGCAAGUGAUAUUUUAAAUCAUAUAAUUUAGGCACUUAAUUAUUGUCAUACAAAUGGAAUAUGUCAUAGAGAUCUUAAACCAGAAAACUUCUUGUUUUUGACUAAAGCUGAUGAUUCACCCAUUAAAGUAAUUGAUUUUGGAUUGAGUACAUUAUUUGAAGAUCCAAUAAGUUAAAAAGCAUCUGGAAGUCAAAAAGUUACAAUGAAAACUAAAGCAGGAACUCCAUAUUAUAUUUCACCAGAAGUAUUAAAAGGAAGUUAUGAUGAAUCUUGUGAUAUUUGGAGUGCUGGAGUGAUUCUUUAUAUUUUAUUAUCUGGAGUGCCUCCAUUUUAUGGUGAUAGUGAUCCUGAGAUAUUGGAUGCAGUUUAAAAAGGUGAAUAUACAUUUGAAAUACCUGAAUUAAAAUAAGUCAGUGAUUCAGCUAAGGAUCUAAUAUCUCAUAUGAUAACAACACCAGAAAAGAGAUAUAAGGCAUCAUAAGUGAUAUAACAUAAAUGGAUGAAGGAUGGUAGUAAAAAUACUAAAUGUAAAUUAAAUAUAUAUAAAUUGUAGAAUUAAAAUUAAAUUUUGGAUAAUUGAAAAACUUUAAUGGAAGUAAUAAACUUAAAAAGGUUGCUCUAACAUUUAUUGCUUCUUAAUUAAAUGAAUAGGAAAUUGCAGAUUUAGGAAAGUAUUAUAAUAUAUUAAAAUAGAUUAUUUAAAUAAUUGGAUAAGAAUGGAGAUGGUGUACUUACAAUAGAUGAACUAAGGGAAGGAUUAAUUGGAAUGAGUGAUGUUUAAGCAAAAGAAUUAGGAAAUAUUAUUAAGAGUAUAGAUACUGAUGGAAAUGGAACAAUUAAUUAUACAGGUAUAUUUAUAUAUUAUUAUAAUUAUUAGAAUUCUUGGCAGCUACAAUGGAGAAAUCUUUGUAUAUGAAGGAAGAGAAAUUAUAUUAGGCAUUUAAGAUGUUGGAUUUAGAUGGAAGUGGUAAAAUAGAUAAACAUGAAUUAUAGACUGUUUUAGGAAGUAUAAUAUUUAUGUUUAUUCAAUAGAAAGUGAAAAAAUUAUAGAUGAAAAGUAUUGGGAUGAUAUGAUUAAGGAAGCUGAUAAGAAUGGGGAUGGGGAGAUCGAUUAUAACGAAUUUAUUGAGAUGAUGGACAAGUUUAGUUUAAUAAAUUGAUCAAUUAUUUUAUUAUUAUAAAUUUAUUAAUAUG